CUAAUAGCAAUCAAGAAUCGUCUAUUCAAAUUAUACAGAAUGAAGAUAAGCUUCCUUUAAUUGAGACCUUUCAUAUACUAGAAAGAAUUUGUGGACAAGAAGUUACUAAUAAUGUUUCUGGAGAAUCGGAGUCAAAAAAAGCCUCUUACAGCCGUGGUCUUGGGCUUUGUAAGAAAGCUUUAAAUAUAGCAAUUACGAAUGGCUCUAGUCUGAUUUUAGAAGAUCUUUUACAACGGUUUAUUAAUAAGCAAGCAAAAAGCAAAAAUAUUUAG